AUGCGGCGCGCUCUUGAGUUGGCCCGUCUUGGAUCAAGUACUGGCGGCCUGCGGGUGCCCAACGUGCGCCAAGCACUGCCGGGGUUUGCGAUGGGGUCGAGACCGGCUCCGAGUGGGGCGCCGACGAAGCGAACGGCGGCAGAGUCGACUCAGGAGUCGAAGCGUCGUGCGGGGCUUGAACGCCGCAGCCCGUGGUAUGUCGACCCGAGGGGAGCGCGGAUGGCGGCCGGACCACCUGAUGCGGGGUACUGUGGGGCUCCGCAGGCCCCGUCUGUGGUUGUGGGGACGCCUUCGGUUCCGGUGGCGGCCCCGGUGAAGCGGGAAUGGAAGCAGGAGUCGGCGUCAUCGGCCGAGGAUGGGCAAGUGGCAGAGGAGUCGGAGGAGGACUUCGGGGAUGAGCCGCCGCGGAGUCCAAGUGACCGCCUUCCGUCGUUGCAUCGCUGGUAG